CGGUCCGCAGGGCGGGCGGGGGCGGCACCCUAUGCAGAUGAAGAGGGUGUGGCGAGCGCGCAGCGCCUGGGCCCCGGAAGCGCAGAAAGGCCUGGUAUAAAAAAAGUAGUGAAGACAUUUUCCCGCACAACUGCUAAAGCUCCAGAGACAGUAGCGUGUGCGGCGGCGACGGCGGCAGCUGGAGCCGCCACCUCCGGGACCACCGCAGCUGAGGCGACAGCGGCGCGGGCGGGGGCGAGGGGCGGGAGUGGCCAGCGCAGGCGGCGGGGUCUAGGAAGGACUAAGUGGCUCGCCGCUGCCGGGAGCGCACUCGCUGCUCCUAGAAGUGUUGCCGCCUCGCGGUUCCUCGCUCGCUGCGCUCCUCGAAGGGGCGGCCGCCUCCAGGACUGACCAGGGCCAAGUGGCGUUCGGAGGGCACUUCAUGGCGGAAGGCGAAGCGUACUUUGCCAUGGCCGAGGACGAGCUGACCGGCGGCGCUUACAUCCCCCUGGGCGGCGACUUCGGCGGCGGUGGCGGCGGCGACUUCGGCGGGCACUGCUUGGACUAUUGCGAAAGCCCCACGGCGCACUGCAACGUGCUAAACUGGGAGCAAGUGCAGCGGCUGGACGGCAUCCUGAGCGAGACCAUCCCGAUUCACGGGCGCGGCAACUUCCCGACGCUCGAGCUGCAGCCGAGCCUGAUCGUGAAGGUGGUGCGGCGGCGCCUGGCCGAGAAGCGCAUCGGCGUCCGCGACGUGCGCCUCAACGGCUCGGCCGCCAGCCACGUUCUGCACCAGGACAGCGGCCUGGGCUACAAGGACCUGGACCUCAUCUUCUGCGCCGACCUGCGCGGGGAAGAGGAGUUUCAGACUGUGAAGGACGUCGUGCUGGACUGCCUGUUGGACUUCUUACCCGAAGGGGUGAACAAAGAGAAGAUCACACCACUCACCCUCAAGGAAGCUUAUGUGCAGAAAAUGGUUAAAGUGUGCAAUGACUCUGACCGAUGGAGUCUUAUAUCCUUGUCAAACAACAGUGGCAAAAAUGUGGAACUGAAAUUUGUGGAUUCCCUCCGGAGGCAGUUUGAAUUUAGUGUAGAUUCUUUUCAAAUCAAAUUAGACUCUCUUCUCCUCUUUUAUGAAUGUUCAGAGAACCCAAUGACUGAAACAUUUCACCCCACAAUAAUUGGUGAGAGCGUCUAUGGUGAUUUCCAUGAAGCCUUUGAUCAUCUUUGUAACAAGAUCAUUGCCACCCGGAACCCAGAGGAAAUCAGAGGGGGCGGCCUGCUUAAGUACUGCAAUCUAUUAGUGAGGGGCUUUAGGCCUGCCUCUGAUGAAAUCAAGACCCUUCAGAGGUAUAUGUGUUCCAGGUUUUUCAUUGACUUCUCAGACAUUGGAGAGCAGCAAAGAAAACUGGAGUCCUAUCUGCAGAACCACUUCGUGGGAUUGGAAGACCGCAAGUAUGACUAUCUCAUGACCCUUCAUGGAGUGGUGAAUGAGAGUACGGUGUGCCUGAUGGGACAUGAAAGAAGACAGACUUUAAACCUUAUCACUAUGCUGGCUAUCCGGGUGCUAGCUGACCAAAAUGUCAUCCCUAAUGUGGCUAAUGUCACUUGCUAUUACCAGCCAGCCCCCUAUGUAGCAGAUGCCAACUUUAGCAAUUACUACAUCGCCCAGGUCCAGCCAGUAUUCACGUGCCAGCAACAGACAUACUCCACUUGGCUACCCUGCAAUUAAGAAUCAUUUAAAAGUGUCCUGUGGGGAAGCUGUUUCAGACAAGAUAGGGAAAAUAAAUUCACAAAUAAAAAGGCUGAGUGACGCAGCCCUGAUUAAAGAUGUGUUUUGUGCAAUGAUGAUCUGCUCCUGGUUUUAAGCUUGGCAAAGCUUGUGGAUCUCUUCAUAAAUAUGGGAGCUUGAUCUCAAAACCACCCUCCUCACCCACCAACCCUCUCACCUGUUCCUCCUACCCAAUUGGAUUCUAUCUUGAAACAAAAAGACCUGUCAUUAAAAGCAACCAGGUUCUCUUAAAAUGACAAGGGAAAAAAAAUGCUUGAUGACAAUAUGGGUUUGCAGUACCUGCUCCCAUAGCUUUGCCAUAGGGGGAAAAAAUGGAGGGUUUCUUAUAGCAUGGAAUUCACAAAAGGGAAAAUGCAGAGGAAAAAAAGGUCUUACCCCAACCUAGUUUUCAAUUCAGAAGUUCAGAUAGUAACAAUAAUGGAAGAAGAAAGGGUACUCCAACGUUGGGAUUACUAUCUGAGACUUUUAGCAAGUGCUUUCUGUGGAACCAUUCUAUUACGCUAACAGAAACAGCUUGCUCCUAAUGAACAGUAGUAGGUUGGUGCAGCUCUCAUAACAAACAGCAGAACUUACGAUGACACAAUCCAUUAUUUCCAGCUGCAUGCAUAGCUUGCAUUUUUAAAAUGUGAAAAUGCAAGCAAAAACAGCUGUAACAAAGAAAGUAUGCUCAAGGACCAAAGAUUUAACAGAUAAAAAUACCCAAGUAGAAGAGAUAUAGUAGAAUAUAUAAAGAGUUACUAUAUUUGUUACACACCAAUAAACAUCAAAGUGCCUGUUGCCUUCUGAAAAUUUGAAGUGGAAAAAUUUUAUGGUUUAAUGAUUAUUUUAUUUUAUCAGGGACUCAAGAAGAAAAUAAAACAACAUAUAAGCUUGUGAAUGGUGGAGGAAAUGCCCUAUUUUUUCUUGGCAAAUACUUGUAUAAAGUUAACGUUGGUGUGAUAUUAUCAUAGGUACAUGUGUAUGUAUGUGUAUAUUAUGUGUAUAUAUAUAUAUACAUACUUCAUAUAUGUAUAUAUAUACACACAGUACAUUGACUAUGGUCUAGAAUAAUGUAGCAAAUAGAAAAUGUUUAAAUACUGUGUGCUUUUAUGUUUUCAACAGGAUGACAUGAGACGUGGGCAUAUUGCAGUGAUGAAUUAAAACCCACAUCUAGAAAAUUAAAGCAAAUGAAGGAGGAAAACAAGUAAUAUAUUUGAUAGGAAGAGCAGAGAGUAUACAUUUUUAGUGAGUGUGUUUUUUUUUUUUUUCCUUUUAUUGUGAGCCAUAGAAUUCUACAAAUGGGAGAAUAUUUGUUUGGCAGAGCACUCUUUUUGUACUGAACUGCCAUUUUGACAGUAGGAACCCUUUUAUUUUGUGUAAUACUUGCAUGCCUCCAUGGUGUAUAAUCCAGUGGAUCAUGGAUCAGUGAUAGUCCAUUUAAAUCCCUGACUGCUAAUAAAAUUUCUGGUGAUCUGAACACUACUUUAUUAAUAUUUAAAUGAAUUUUUUAAUGAAUGCAUUCUGCAUUCCAGGACCACUAGAAUUUAGUAAAUGUGAAAUUAUCCUUUUUAAAGAGUAUUUGCACAAUUGCUUAAAAUUUAUAUAUGAGAUAUAUAUUAUAUAUGAAAUUUUAUAAAUUCAUGCCAAUAUGAAACAUCUUUGAUCUGGUUAUCACACUGCAUUUAAAUAUUUAGUACUGUACUUAAAAUUCAGUCACUUUGCAUUGAAUCAGAUCCAACUUUAUUAUCUCUUUCCCAAGAGACCAGUUAAACCUUUGUGAAAUGAACUGGCAUCCCUAUUUCAGUUCAGUGACAGCUAAUCCUAAAACCAUUCUUUCCCCCACCUCUUAAUUCCUCUGGAUACUGGUCUCUGAAAAUGCGUUUGUUAAAAACAAAGCUAACACAUGCAAACCUUUCCUUUGUGUUGUGAAACAACCGCACAAUUCCUCUCAACUCUAGUGGAUGACUGCUUACUAUGACAAUUCCUCUGAAGAACCUACCAUAUUUUUGUCAUCAAGUUCAAGAGGGAUUGGGGAAGAAAAUAGCAUCAUCCUAUUGGCAGUGUCAUUUGUUUGCUAUCUAAGCAUCACUCAUGUUCAAUUUUAGGUUAAUCCAUCUGAAACUACCUUUUGCACAUCUUUCUUUGAAGCCUUAAGAGGAACUUGAUGGGUCUGCUGUAGCAGCUUCCCUGUGAAUUCUGUCUGAGCUGUAACAGCUACUGCACUGCCACUCACUGUUUCCUAGGGAACUCUUUCUUCUCCCAUGUUGGCUCAGUCUCCCUCACUCCAGCCCUGGGUUUGAGAAUUAAUUUUGAAUUUCCAGGCAAUAUUAUUCCAUUUGCAGAUCAAGCCUGAUACUUAACUGUCAGAAGCCAGAGCUCCGCCUGCUUACCUGUUUUGGAUUUUCUAUAAGAAAACGAAGGGAAUAUUCGGGAACAUAGGAGCAGAUGGUUAUCUGUCUACUUCCUUCUUAUCCUAACUAUUGAGAAGUGAAUCAUCCACUAUAUGAAAAAGAAUCUGGAGAUCUCUGGCUCUGCCAUAGGAACAGUCUGCUGUUAAUUUAUGACACAGAUUUCUUAUUUGGAGGGGCCUUAUUUGAAAAUACUUUCCAUUUAUUUUCUGAAAUAUUUAUGUCCUUCUCUUGCUUUACUCCAGGGUUGGUAGCAUAGUUGGAAGUGCCAACACCUGCCAUUCAGAUAGAACAGGCUGUGCUCAAGACAACCUUCAGCAGUUACUUUAAAACUUAGAUAAUUUAUUUCUCUUUUGUAUGUACUAUAGUCUUGUGCAUAUGUAGUUGAACAAAACAGUGGAAUAGAUGUCUCUCUUUGUGGAUGUGUAACCUAAGAGUUUGAAUGUCUGGUGAGAGAGAGCCGUGUGUAUAGGUCAGAGAAAAGAACAGCUCUCAACUCCUGAUUAGUGCCUGUGAUUUGCUUGCUUUUGUGUUUAUCUGGCCUAGUGUGCUGUUAACUUUAAAACAGGAAGAAGUCUUGUCUUCUGGAGGCUCUUCUCACCUGUCCAGUUUGGCAUGUCAGAGAAAAUUUAACCUGUGACAGUGCCCUUUUAAAAAGUUGACUGGAUUUGCAGUAAAUCUGGUUGCCUCAAGAAGUCCUACAUCAAGAUGGACUUUUCCCUUCCUGACGUGGGGUCAGGUAUCUGCUCACUUUGGUAGUGGGUGGACUAUUUUAACGUGGCUCCAAAUGAUGCAAGGAUGGAAGAAUAUCUGUGACCCAAGCCACGGAGGAAAUGCAAAGAAAAGCAAACAUACUGUUUUUGUCAUCCCUUUCUGUUAGCGUAUUGUUGAUUGCUUCACUGUGCAUAAAGUUGUUUUCAAAACAGUGCUUGUCAAAUAAAUAUUGUGAACUAUUUUGUAAAUGAAAUGUAUUAUGUUGAAAGCUGUCAGCAGUUCAAAAAUAAGCUUUUUUUGUUGUUUGAAGACAACGUGUAUUAGAUGAAACCAAAAAGUAAAAAAAAAAAAAAAUUACAUAUAGCACCUAUUUGAAUAUAUUCUUUCUUUAAGAUUUCUUAUAGCAUAGCCUUUUCAGUGCCAAGAAAGAAUCUCUGUGUAAUAUUUUGUUGUAAUAAUGGCUUGCUAACAAAAUAUAUGGUUAAAAGUACAAAGGUGGAAGAUGUCAAGGUAAUUUGGCAAAAUUUGCUGCAAAUCCUUUUGCAGAAUGGAGGAGGCUCUGCCCGCUGGCUGUCUCUCUCUCCGACCUCUACAACCAUUGCCUGCUCUGAGAUGUCCUAUUGCAGCAAACUGCACCUUGGGUCACCCUUUGGAAUAUUUUGACUUUAGACUGUGUCACAGGCAGAAAAGGAGUUGAUGGAGAAUGGACUCUUAAAAACUGACAUGUUUGAAUCAGUGCUAGAGGGAACAGAUUGUGAAUUUUGUUUACAGCAUCCAAUAUUUGGAUUUUUUUUUCUUGUAAAUAAAAAGAAGUUAUUUUUUUCUA